AUGCACAAGCUCACUUCCAACAAAAACAACAAAAGCAAACGACGAAAAAACGCCAAGUCCGCAAGUGCACGCCGAAAUCCAUCACUGCUGCUGAUCUUGGUUCUGAUUCUUUUCCGCUUCGCAGUCGGUGCAGAGGCUGUUCUGCGUGAGGUACUGCACGACGUUUGGGAUGCCAAAGCAGCGGUUCGAGACGUCGUUGAGUGCUUGGUAGCAGCGGGUGACAAGGUAGAGGUGGUAGUGGCCGCAGUGCCAGAAGCUGACGUGCUUACAGUCGCACAUUUUGAAAGCUCAGAGGGGCAGGAGAAAGACUUGGAGUCUAUGGGGCAGAAGGUAGGAGCAGUGGCAGAUGUUUAG